GGUUACCAGGCAACGCAAAGGAAGCUUCAGAUGGUCGUGUUGACUUCAGUUUAAGUGUGUUCUCGUAGUUCUGAAAAGCAGUUUGAUUUUUGGAAAUUAGCUAGCGAGCCAAGUUACAGAUCAAGAACGAUAACCGGUCAGACAGGUGCGAAAUGUCUGUCUCCGUCACUCCUCGGUCGCCGCACACAAGAGAUUCUGUCUCUGACGUUCCGCUCGUAUCUCAAGGGAGCGUGGGCUUCCCGCAGGCAACAUCGACCCUCCAGGUCCCCGCAAGUAGCUCUGCUCUUGAAAUGCCCCCAGCAUCCGAGGAGGAGGAUGGAGGGAACCCCAAAGAGGAUGAUGGUGAAUUAACGGAGGAGGACGUCGCCGGCUGUUUAUACGACCUGGGACCAUGUGCGACCGGACUGGAGUUUACCUACCGCUCUCUCUCUGUUCCAGGUCGAAACCUAACAGACAUCUCUAUUCUGGACUCUUAUGUUCACCUUCAGAGACUAGAGGUCUCACACAACAAGAUAAAAGAUCUGUCCUGUGUCAGUCAUAUGCCUUAUCUCAUCUUCCUGGAUGCCUCCCACAAUGAAAUCUCCAAAUUCUUUGGGUUCCGCCCUCCAAAAAACCUCAAGGAAGUCGAUUUGUCCUACAAUCAGAUGUCAGAGAUGAAGGUGCUGUCUGCCUACUCUUCUCUCUGCAAAUUGAACCUGGAUCAUAACUCUUUCCGUGAGAUCCGGGGCCUGGAGAUGUGUUCCAGCCUCACGCACCUCAGUCUGGCGAACAACCGGAUCUUCCAGCUCAAAGGCCUGGACAAACUACCCCUGAUAGAGCUCCGUUUGAAAGGGAAUCAUAUCCGGAAGAUUGAGAAUAUUGAGAAGAUUGGGACCCUGCAGACAUUGGACCUGGCCUCAAACAAGAUCCAGGGCCUCUCUGGCCUCCAGAACCUCAACCUGCUGGGAUCCCUCAACCUGGAGGGCAACCCGGUGGGUGACAUUAAGGAGACGAAACACCUGCAUGACCUGCCCCUGCUGAGAGAGCUCAACCUGCAGAGGAACCCGGUGCAGGAUGAGGUGGAUUACCGGCUGGCCGUGGUCUUCCUCCUCCAGCAGCUGAGCGUGCUGGACCAGCGCGAUGUCACGGCGGAGGAGAAGGUCUCGGCGGUCAACAAGUACGACCCUCCCCCUGAGGUGACCGCGGCCAGAGAUCACAUGAUGCACGUGGUGUACCAGCUGAGGCAGCCGCAGGUCAUCUUCGACAGCACGCUCCCCAGUCUGCACACUCCGUACCCCAUGCUGGUGCUGGCCGGCCCACAGGCCUGCGGGAAGAGGGAGCUCGCCCACCGGCUGUGCCAAGACUUCAGCCACUUCUUCGCCUACGGGAUCUGCCACACCACACGGUGCCCCUACUUCGGGGAAGAGGAAGGGUCCGACUACCACUUCGUCUCCGAGGAGCAGUUCCAGGACAUGAUCCACGGGGGGAAAUUCAUCCAGACCGUGCAGUACGGGGGGCAGCGGUAUGGCCUCUCCCGGGAGGCCAUUGAGGAGGUGGCCAGGGAGGGCCUGGCCUGCUGUGUGCACAUGGAGCUGGAGGGCGUGCACAGCCUGAAGAACACCUACCUGGAGCCGCGCUACGUGCUGCUGGUCCCCACGGACCGGGAGGGGUACCGCAAAAGCCUGCGGAGGAGGGGGCUCUACACCGUCGAGCAGAUGGACUCCGCCGUGGUCCGCAUCGACUCCUACGUCCGCCUCAACAGAGAGCACCCCGGGUACUUCGACAACGUCAUAACCUGCGAUGACAUUGGGGAGGCCUACAGUACCCUGUGUCAGGUGGUCAGGGAGUAUCUGGGCCUGGAGGAGCAGGGAGGGGGAAUCAGCAGCAGAGCCACGCCCGAAAACCCCUCCACUGGUGACUCUCUGAUGGACGCACGGGCUCUGGGUGGCCACACCCCCGGCACGGGGCUCGGAGAGCAGACCGACGUCAGCAGGAAGCUGUACAGCAAAGUGCAGCAACGGCUGGCCCCUCCCAAGAGCCCCGCUGAAGUGGCCUCACUGCAGAAGAAGCAGCAACUGACUCGGGAAGCACUGAAUGGGAAAAGCCCUGGGGCCUAUACCCAACCCAUGAGGGUCUCUCUCACAGCCCCUGGUUCGAUAGCUGUACAGGCUCCUCCAUCCCCCGUACCACCAGAGCCCAGUGAGAACAACAGCUUGCAGGAGUCGCACGCCGAUUCCGCCCAGUCCUCCCCCCGGGACAGCACCCAGGGGGGCGAGAGAGGGGCGGGGGACCUCCCAGAACCGGCACACGACCCGGACAGCCUCAGAGAUCACAUGGAGUCAGCCUCCACCCCCCGGACCGCCUCAUCCCCAAGCGUCCAAUCGGAGUCGGCCUCGGCCCGGCCCGGGUCCAACGUCAAGCCCGUUCUGCCGCCCAUCCCCUCGGGCCGCAAGACCGCCACCCCGAAACUCGCCCCCUCGUGAGAGGGGGGAGGGUCCCGGGGGAAGACUCGGUCCGUGGCCGACGUGUUCCUCCGCGAAGGUUAGCGCAACGUUAGCCCUGUUUAACUGUACUUCCACAGGGCAUGGCGCUAAGGUUUUACUAAACAUAACAUAGCAAGAACAGGCCAUUCAGCCCAGUAAUGCUAACCUUCUCCUUCCACUAACGUGUACCUAAUGCUUUGUUGACUUCCGGUGCUAGAUACUAUCUAGAUUUCAUCAAGCCUAAAGAGUAGAUUAAUUAACAGUGCAAAAUGUCCUGUUAAGGUAGAAAUUCACUCCCAAUAUUGGAAAUUGAAUCACUUUUUUUGUUGGACUGCCAGCCCUUGUGUAACUGGUGAUAUCUAUGCUAAAAUUGUAUUUAAUAUAACAUCAUAAGAACAGGCCAUUCAGCCCAGCAAUGCUCACCUCUUCCUACCACUGAAGUGUAGCUAAUGCUUUGUUUACUUUGGGUGCUAGAUACUAUCUAGAUUUUAUCGAGCAUGGAUUCAUAAAGUGCUCCUCAGUUGAAAAUUCUAGGAGCACCCAAAUACAUUAAAUUACGGCUGCACGAUAUUGUAUAUUUAUCACGGAGAUAUGAACAUGCAAGAUAAAUGUAUCACAAUCGACAGAUUGCGAAUAGUAUUUAUUGAAUCUAUUUAUGUGUUAAGUCGAUUGGCUGUUCAUGUGCAAUUUGUUCAAUUAAAGCAUGUAGGAAAUGUUUUUUUAUUA